UCUUUCUUUUUUUUUAACUACUGUGCGUUACCCAGAGUGUCAGUGCUUGACAAAGCUCUCAUUUGGUGAGGAUCUGGUUUGUGGCGCUUCACCAAAAGAAGCGAGAGGCGAUCAUUUCUAAUCUUGAGCGGUGGGAGGGCAGGUUUGUGCAGGAAGCGGGAGAGGAAGAAGAGAAAAGUAGGAAAUCUCUGCAACCCCUGGAGUCUCAUUCAGCACCACUCGCUACUGGACAGCGUCUGAGCGGCGGAGUUGGUCGAGAAACAGGAGAUUUUUGUUAAAACCUCGAGUCUGGGAGUAACACACUGCUGCUGCUGCAAUUCCUUCCCCACAACUACUAACAUUUCACCCCGGUGUUUCCACGUCUCCACCCCUGUCUUUAUCCUUUUCUUUUUGAUUUUUUAAAAAAAUCUGUGCGUCGGGUUUUGGCACAACAACGGACUGACUGGAGCUGCCAAAUAAAGACGGAGGAAGGAAAAAGGAAGCAAACUGGACACAUUCACAGACCGCAGAAGUUCCUUUUCUCCACUUUUAGCUCGCUCGUGUUAAAGGGAUUGAAAGGAACCCACUCGCUCGCCUUGUGACUUUCUGCCUCCUUGACAGACCAAGAGGAAAGCUAAAUGCACCCGAGUGAUUCUGGAGAACCUGAGAAGAGAGGCAAGCUUCCCACCUUUGUUCUUGCCUUAUGAGAGUGCUCUCUGUGGACUCCACCUCAGCACUCUCUGUACUGUUUAGUUACUGCAUGUAUCCACGGCUCUCAGGUGUAAGAAAAGAGUGAAACACAAAGAGGAAAGAAGAAAGGGUAAGAGAUAAAGAGAGCGAGGCUGCAUAAUUAGUAUUACUGAGUUUGUGUGAGAGCUAGAAACCAUGAGAAGAGACUUCUGAAGACAACUGUGUUCUGAAAAAUAUUGCGGCCAUCCUUCAGGACAUUUGUAUAUGUGUGUGUGGGUAUAUGUGUGCACACCUCUUUCAUUUUCAAAGGACUUGAAUUUGUAUUUGGAUGCGGAUUUAGCCUUUCAUUAUGACUCUGCGAAGAAGCUUUGAGAGAGCGUGGAUUGGCUGCCACAGAGGCGUCUGCUGCUGGGUGUUGCUGCUGGCUUGUUAUUUCUUGAUUACAUUGGCAGCCAAACCCAAAAUGCCGGGCCACACACACCUCAACUCAAUACGCAUUGAUGGGGACAUAUCUCUGGGUGGGCUGUUCCCGGUUCAUGCGAGGGGGAACGAUGGCAAAGCCUGUGGAGAGCUGAAGAAGGAGAAAGGGAUCCACAGGCUGGAGGCCAUGUUAUUCGCCCUGGAUCGUAUCAAUAAUGACAAUGAGCUGCUGCCUAACAUCACUCUGGGGGCACGCAUACUGGACACCUGCUCCCGGGACACCCAUGCUCUGGAACAGUCGCUGACAUUUGUUCAGGCAUUGAUUGAGAAAGACUCAACUGAUGUCAAGUGUCUCAGCGGAGGGCCGCCCAUCAUCACGAAGCCUGAGAGAGUGGUGGGAGUGAUUGGUGCGUCUGCCAGCUCCGUGUCAAUCAUGGUAGCCAACAUAUUGCGCCUCUUCAAGAUCCCUCAGGUGAGCUACGCCUCCACAGCCCCGGAGCUCAGUGACAACACCCGCUACGACUUCUUCUCCCGUGUGGUGCCCCCAGACACCUACCAGGCUCAGGCCAUGGUGGACAUUGUCAAAGCCAUGCGCUGGAACUACGUCUCCACAGUGGCAUCCGAGGGAAACUACGGAGAAAGUGGUGUCGAUGCGUUUAUUCAAAAGUCUCGAGAGGACGGUGGUCUGUGCAUUUCACAGUCUGUGAAAAUACCCCGCGAACCCAGAGUUGGAGAGUUUGACAAGAUCAUUCGCAGGCUGAGUGAGAACCCCAACGCUCGAGUAGUCAUCAUCUUUGCCAACGAGGACGACAUCAGGCGACUCCUUCAGGCAGCUAAGAAGGCCAAUCAAACAGGCCAUUUCAUCUGGGUGGGUUCAGACAGCUGGGGCUCCAAAAUUUCCCCCAUACUGAACCAAGAAGAAAUGGCAGAAGGUGCUGUCACCAUCCUCCCCAAACGGCAGUCCAUCAAAGGCUUUGAUCGCUACUUCAUCAGCCGAACACUAGAGAACAACAGGAGGAAUAUCUGGUUUGCAGAGUUUUGGGAGAAUAACUUCCAAUGCAAGCUCAGUCGGCAUGCUGUGAAGAAAGGAUCCGGCAUCAAAAAGUGUACAAACCACGAGCGGAUCGGGAAAGAUUCAUCCUACGAACAGGAGGGGAAGGUCCAGUUCGUGAUAGACGCUGUUUAUGCCAUGGCUCACGCUCUACAUAACAUGCACAAAGACCUCUGUCCUGGAAAAGUUGGCCUCUGCUCCAAGAUGGACACUAUCAACGGCACACUGCUGCUCAAAUACAUCCGCAAUGUCAACUUUACAGGGAUCGCUGGCACCCCGGUGGUCUUCAAUGUGAAUGGAGAUGCUCCUGGCCGCUAUGAAAUCUACCAAUACCAGAUCACCAAUAACACCACAGAGUACAAGAUCAUUGGUCACUGGACAGAUCAGCUCCACUUAGACACCAAUGAGAUGCAGUGGCCUGGUGGAACACAAGAAGUCCCUUCCUCUAUAUGCAGCCAACCCUGCCGUCCAGGCCAGCGCAAGAAGACUGUGAAGGGAAUUCCAUGUUGCUGGCACUGUGAGAAUUGUGACGGCUACCAGUAUCAGGCAGACACUUACACCUGCAAGAUGUGUCGCUUUGAUUUGAGGCCCAACGAGAACCAUACUGGCUGCGUUCCCAUUCCCAUUGUCAAGCUGGAGUGGAGCUCCCCGUGGGCAGUCAUCCCUGUCCUCAUCGCCGUCUUGGGGAUUAUGGCCACCCUGUUAGUCGUCGCCACCUUUGUACGCUACAACGACACACCCAUUGUUAAGGCAUCAGGUCGAGAACUGAGCUAUGUGCUGCUGACAGGUAUCUUUCUCUGCUAUGCUACCACUUUCCUCAUGAUCUCCGCUCCCGAUGUGGUGAUAUGCUCCCUGCGAAGGAUUUUCCUGGGCCUCGGUAUGAGUAUAAGCUAUGCAGCACUGCUUACCAAGACUAAUCGGAUCUACAGAAUUUUCGAGCAGGGCAAGAUGUCAGUCAGUGCCCCUCGAUUUAUCUCCCCGGCCUCCCAGCUAGUCAUCACAUUCAGCCUGAUAUCAGUGCAGCUCCUCGGAGUGUGCAUCUGGUUUGGUGUCGACCCAUCGCAAGCAAUCAUCGACUACGAGGACCAGCGCACAGCCAAUCCUGAAAUGGCCCGAGGUGUUUUGAAAUGCGAUAUAUCAGACCUGUCUCUCAUCUGUCUGCUGGGUUAUAGCAUGCUGCUGAUGGUCACCUGCACGGUUUACGCCAUCAAGACAAGAGGCGUUCCCGAGACGUUCAACGAGGCCAAACCCAUCGGCUUCACCAUGUACACCACCUGCAUUGUGUGGCUGGCCUUCAUCCCCAUCUUCUUUGGAACCUCGCAAUCGGCAGAAAAGAUGUACAUCCAGACCACAACCCUGACCAUCUCUGUCAGCCUCAGUGCGUCGGUCUCUCUGGGAAUGCUCUACAUGCCCAAGGUCUACGUGGUUCUCUUCCAUCCAGAGCAGAACGUACCCAAGCGCAAACGCAGCCUGAAGGCUGUGGUCACUGCAGCCACUAUGUCCAACAAGUUCAACCCCAAAGGCAGCCUGAGGCCCAACGGAGAGGCCAAGUCUGAACUAUGUGAAAGUCUUGAAACACAAGACUGUGUUGAGGGAGGGGAUCCUUGUGAGGGACUUUAGACUCUCAGUGUUGGCCUCAAAGCAGACAUACAUAAGCUACAGUAACCAUGCCAUCUAAGACAGAGAUGAACCGCGGAAGAGGAGCAAAGGCCUGCCUGAGGAGAAAUCACCUGCUUCUGGGGAAUAUAGGAGAAACACCGGAGAACUUUCAAGCUGCUGCAGCAGAGAGGACUGGGGUGGAAAGAUGGGAAUCUGUCACUCCAAAGGAUGUCAUAUUUUUCUAGGGAAUCAGGUAAAGGCUUCAAUGCCAAAUUUAUGGGAAAAUUUGUAGAUUGCAGGAGGGAGAUGGGAGAUGUAAAGGAGCUUGGACAGCUAAUUUUCCUCUUCCCACCCUUUCUAAGUCACGAGCAAGCGUUGAUCAGUGACGUUUCCAGAUGCAGGCUGACUGAACCAGCUGGGGUCUACGGUAUGUUUUUCUUCUGAAGUGUAUAGCACACAGUCUCAGUUCUCGAGCUGAAGCUGAAUCCUUUGUCUCAUUUCAACAAAAACAGGGGAAAAGUGUUCUGUUUUUGUCAAAUGCAGUUGACAAGAUGAAACAGCGUUAAAAAAAAAGUAAUUAUUUUUGGUUACAGGUAUCAUUGAAGUCGAAAGCUGCAGUACUCUUCAGACUGUACAUGCCUUACUACAGUACACUCAGUAUUCCUACACAAACCAUAUCUGAAACACAUGGAGAUAAAGCAGUGGGUCACCCCAGUUGUUUUAUAAAUGUUUCAUAAUAAUUAUGAUGACACCGUCCUCUUGGCAAACCAAUAGUGUACAGUCCCAGAGCAUGCUAAUGGGAGCAUCACGUGUACUGUGCUGUGUUGUCAACGUCUAUGGAAUGCAACAUUUGUCAUGGUUGUCAUUCACAGUGGAGAUGUCAUUUUGGACCAUUACCCACUGGGUUACCCUCUGCUAAAUAAAGAGCGAACAAACACAAAAGGAGCCACAAUAAACACAAAUUGCCAUGGAAUAUCUUUGUGGUUUACAUCACAUUCCAUAUGUGUCAGCCAGGACUUGGAGACUUGACAACUCAUACUGAAACAUCCCAGAUUUAUUGGCCCUCGUUUAUCGUGCACUUGUUGAAGCCUUUGCGGAGUCAAGCAGGUAGAUUACUGAAAAUUGCACCCUCGACAAAAUGAAAAGCCCUUCACAGAUCAAUGUAAUUAUCUAAUCCAUAUUUUCCAUACUUGUGUAUUUCAUAGUUUCUAAAAAAAAUAAUGUGCUAAAUUUUGUCCACAACAUCCGGAAUUCUUACAGCAGUGGAGCAACAGUGAUACAGCUGAGGAAGUGUGUUCUGCCCCUCAAUGAAAGACUUCAUGAAAUGCUUGAUUUUGGGAGGGGGAGAAAGAAUGCCUAAUGUCGUGCCACAUUUAUUAUCAUUAAAUCCUGCUGGUAUAUGAUAAAUAGGAUGGUAAAAAUGCAUAGAACAGUACAACAUAAUGUGUGGUAGAUGUAUGGGUAAUCUGUGUUUCUUGCGAAAGAUUUAUAUGCACAAAUUGUUUUCCUCUUCUGGGUCAGGAAUUUGGAGGCUGCCAAGGAAAUGAUGAAUGAGAGUUUUAAUAGCAUUUUCAUGCAAAAUUAGGCUCAUGUUGCUGCUCAGUAUCAUCACCAUCAUCACCCAUUUGGAGAAGAUGCAAGCUGAGCUCCACCAAACAGCCAAAAAAAAAAAAAAACAAAACUCAAAAAUGAGUGUGAGAUGCAUAGUAUGAGGAGUCAUUUUACCUUUCAACACAUGCUGUAAAUGAUCUCCUCCCUGUUUGUUUGCUUGAUCAAACCACAAAUUGGAUGAGUCUUCACCAAUCCCCCAAUAUAAAAUGUACCACAACAGAGUAAAAAAAGCACUUGUUUCCAGCAAAGGUAUUCAGACACAAUGACUGCAUGUCAUGCAGGGACUGACUUGGCUAACCUGGCAAUAGCCAGAUUAAUAAUUGUGUAGUACUUGAUAGUACUCCACUAUAUCAAUCUGGGACCGCUCCAUGUAAAUCCGUUCGGAGGAAAGAGGCACGGAUUGGACAAUGCAACAGUAUGUCCCGCCUCUGACAGGUUUGUUUUUAGCCAAUCGCUGGAUCUUCACAACGAGUGGAGCCAAUUGGUAGAUUAAACUCUUACCAAAACCCGUUGGUCAAAAAGCACAAACAUCUUUACCAUCCAGAAAUGCGCAAAGAGCCUCUCGUUGUUCUUCCUUCAAAGAAGCGAUAGGAGAUUCAGCUAAAACUGGCUUAAUAGCAGCAUCUACACGAUCGUUGUCCUCCGUUGCCGGGUUUGUUUUGAUCUACUGGCGCUUGGUGUUGUCGUCACACCCGGAUAUCCCGCCCAUUAUCCCACCCCACACACGAAUACUGCUGCGUGAUUGGCCCGAACCAACUUGGUGCUGUACGAAAAGUGAAGGCGGGAGCGGAGCAAGAUGGUUUCUUGAGAGAUUUGUGAACUCACAAAUAUCGCGAGAAAUCAACUUGCUGGCAAGGUUAUGACUUGGAAUCCAGCAGGCUGAACACCCACCUUCUCACAGGAGCUGCUGGAUAAAGGAUAAAGCUCUAUAAAGGAUGUGCAAGAAGGCAGUUGUUUGCUAAUUUGCGGUGUAGCAUCUCAGGUUUCUGUGUUUGUUUUGGCGUCUCUCUGCCCCCUAGUGGUUAAAAAUUCUUCAGUACAGCUUUAAACUUCCACAGGUUUCAUAUUCACUGCUUCAUAACUACAUUAAUUGAUUUUUACAAUACUAUUGACAAAAGUAUAGUCCUCUAGAUUAGAGAAGGUUUGAAUAACUGCUUGAUAAAUAAGGGCCAGUGCCUUCAUUCUGUGCCUCAUACCCAUUAAACCACUCCUGCCAUUCUUUCCUUGGAUCUUUCAUGGUGUUGUUUGUGUUGCGACCAUUACCUUUCAGGUGUGUUCUGUUCAAAAACAAUUAAGAAAGGACUCAGUGUAAAAUGUAAAAUUAAGUGUGUAAACCCCAUUUCUGUCUCCAGUCUCUGAAGUAUUCGUCAUAAAAACAGUAACUCUGGAAUUUGUCUCAUUAAAUGUUACCCUCAGCAAUGCAAAAGUCUGUAUGUUGCAUGUCAGAACCCAUAACAAGUCAUGUGAACAAUUUGAGAGAAAGGCAUCAUGUCCAGAAGGAAAACUACUGCAGAGGAUUAUAAAUAACUAAUGUUUUUGGUUUAAUCAAUGAUUCUCUCAGCUCUCAGCUUCAACAAGUCUAAGGUGUUGCCGCAAAUGUUGUUUUUUCAUCAUUUGAUAAAGUAUUGUUUGUGGGAUUGUUUGUGUUUGUGAAUAUGAUAAUUUACUGCUUUUUUUAUUUGCCACAACCCCCCUUUCCCCUUCUUUAUUUUUCUAAAACACUUUGUCUGUGUUACAAAAAUAGAAUAUGUAAGUGCUGACUGAAAUUAAAUGGCAAGUUAAUGUACGUUAUUAAAAUGGAUUGAUCAUGUCUGCUUUAUGUACUGAAUUAUUUAAAAAAAACGAAAGAUAAAAAAAGAGUUACAGUGCCUGGAUAUUUAUGAACUAUCUAUAGAAAAAAAAUUAAAAAUGUGUAGAGCAUGUUCAUUUUUAUACAAGAUAUUUCUAAUAAAAGACUGUUUUGCUAA